AUGAACGAUCUGUUUUCCAGCUCAUUCUCUCGCUUCCGCGGCGGAGAACCAUCCCCUCGACGAGACGGCCCCGGGGGCGGCGGCGGAGUUCAGAUGGCGCAUCCCGCUGGAUCAACCGGUGGAGUGAAUCUCGACAAGUUCUUCGAAGACGUGGAAUCUGUGAAAGAGGAGUUGAAGGAGCUAGAUCGGCUCAACGAUACACUCCAAUCGUCUCACGAGCAGAGCAAGACGCUUCACAAUGCCACAGCCGUUAAGGAUCUCCGCUCGAAGAUGGACGCUGACGUCGGAGUUGCGCUAAAGAAGGCAAAGAUGAUCAAGGUGAAACUCGAGGCGCUCGAUCGCGCCAAUGCCGCUAAUCGGAGCCUCCCUGGUUGUGGACCUGGAUCCUCCUCUGAUCGAACCCGGACGUCCGUCCUCAAUGGACUGAGGAAGAAAUUGAAGGAUUCGAUGGACAGUUUCAACCGCUUGAGGGAGCUAAUCUCGUCCGAGUAUAGAGAAACUGUACAGAGGAGGUACUUCACCGUCACCGGCGAGAAUCCCGACGAGGGAACUUUAGAUCGACUGAUUUCUACAGGUUAG